GAGAAAAGAAAAAAAGAAAGAAAAGCUGAGGAGAUUCUCGGCAUCUCCGAAUCGAAUCUGAGAGAGAAGAAGCGAAAUUAGCUUCGAGAUCGAUGUUCGAGGAAUUAGAUGCAUGAAGUUGGAUUACCGGUGGAUCUCAAAUUCUUCACGCAGCUUGUCUUGACGCUCUUCUUCCUCUCCAUCGGUGUCCUCUUCUUUGUCAAACGCACGGCGGCUAAGUACUUCGAGGUCGGCGGCUCCGGUGGUUUCGACAGCGACCACCGCCGAGACUUCAUGGUUUCCGACACGUCCGUAUGCGCUGUCUGUGGGAAGCUCUCCACCAAGCAAUGCUCUCGUUGCAAAUCCGUUAAAUACUGCUCUGCGGAUUGCCAAGCGUCAGAUUGGAAAUCGGGACAUAAUCGAAAAUGCAAUUCAUCACCUGUUAGAAGAGAUGACCUCGAUUUCAAAGCUUCUCUGUUCGGGAAUAGGUCUGCUUCUAAGAUUGCAUUGGUUCCUCAGCUAAGACAAAGCAAGGCUGUCCUCAAGCCAAGAGAUGUUCUUUUCCCAUACGAAACUUUUGUUAAAUAUUUUAACUGGGACAAGCCUAUAUUGGCUCCUUGUGGGCUCAUCAAUUGUGGAAACAGCUGUUUUGCUAAUGUGGUUCUACAAUGCCUUUCCUGGACACGCCCUCUUGUUGCAUACCUUAUGGAGAGAGGCCACAAGAGAGAAUGUCGGCGCAAUGAUUGGUGCUUUUUCUGUGAAUUUGAAACUCAUCUCGACAGAGCAAACCUAAGCCGGUUUCCUUUUUCACCAAUGAACAUUAUCUCGAGGUUGCCUAACAUUGGUGGAAAUCUUGGGUAUGGGAGACAGGAAGAUGCUCAUGAGUUGAUGAGGUUUGCAAUUGACAUGAUGCAAUCUGUUUGCCUCGAUGAGUUUGGUGGAGAGAAAGUGGUGCCUCCCCGUGCCCAAGAAACAACACUUAUCCAAUAUAUAUUUGGCGGUAUCCUUCAGUCACAGGUCCAAUGUACUGUUUGCAGUAAUGUUUCUGAUCAAUAUGAGAAUAUGAUGGAUUUAACCGUUGAGAUCCACGGGGAUGCGGUAUCAUUGGAGGAAUGUCUCGAUCAGUUCACAGCUAAAGAGUGGCUUCAGGGAGAUAACCUUUACAAAUGUGAUAGAUGUAAUGACUAUGUGAAGGCAUGCAAGCGCCUUUCAAUUCGUUGUGCUCCAAAUAUUCUUACAAUUGCCUUAAAAAGAUUUCAGGGUGGGAGAUUCGGUAAACUGAACAAAAGAAUCAGUUUUCCUGAGACAUUUGAUCUUGGCCCUUACAUGAGCAGCGGGAUGGAAGGAUCUGAUAUAUACAAACUCUACGCUGUGAUUGUCCAUUUAGACAUGUUGAAUGCCUCGUUUUUCGGCCAUUACAUAUGCUUUGUUAAGGACUUCCGCGGAAACUGGUACAGAAUAGACGAUUCUCAGGUGGCAAAAGUAGAGCUAGAAGAUGUCCUUUCUCAACGAGCAUACAUGCUCCUCUACAGCAGGGUUCAGACUAGACCAUCAAGUCUUAGAUCCGAAGAAGUUCAAAAGGAGAAGAAAACAGAUGCAUUGAACACAGAAUCUAGCCAAGGUGGCUCUGUUGAGAGUUCUGGGGUGGGAGCAAAUGAUACCAGUGUGUCCUCGCUGUGCAAUGGCAUCAUCUCACAUUCAGAAGAUCGUGAAUGCAAAAAUGAAUCAUCAUCAUCCGCAACUGUCUCUGAAAAAGGAAAAGAAGUUGACGAAAGAGUUGAUGCAGUAGAUUCCGAGUCAAACCCUUCUAUUGAAAUGGAACAUGAAUCUGGAACAGAUCAUCAUCAAGAACAAGAAGAAGCAAAUGCGAAAGAAGAUCCAACGGUUGAAAAUCUGGUUGUUGACACUUCUUGUUCGGACAUAACUACCUCAUCUCAGUCUGCUGCUACAGACUCCAAACCCUCAGAGAAUGAAGAUCCAGACACUGAGAUGAUCGAUGCUGCUAAAUGAAUCCAAAAAACGCUGGUGGAGUCACAACAUUUUUUCAUGGCUCUUGAAAAUCGAUAAGGGGAGCUUCUAACUUAACAAUAAUGCUGGUGAAAAAUUACUUUAGACGCUGCGACUUCCCAAGAUUGGGGGAUCCUGGAAUUUCCAUAUUUAGAAGAAGUCUAGGUUCUUACUGGUGAAUUCCCAAGAUUGUUACUUAGUGAUAUGAAAUAGAGAUUCAGGAUCCGGAAGCACGUAGGUAAGCUAUUCUUUUGAUGUUUAUUUGUCUUUUGAAAUAGAUUCUUACCAUUGAACACAAAACUCUAAUAGCAAGAAAGAUUAAUGGAGGAACACAGUGACAACUUUUGUGGCUUA